AUGGCGGAACAGCACGGAACGACAGAGCAGGCUGCGGCUGGCAAGAGCCAUGGAGGCCUUGGGGGCAGCUACAAGGUCAUCGUGUACGAAAUGGAGAACUUCCAGGGCAAGCGGUGCGAGCUCUCGGCCGAGUGCCCCAACCUGACGGAGAGCCUGCUGGAGAAGGUGGGCUCCAUCCAGGUGGAGUCUGGGCCGUGGCUGGCAUUCGAGCGCAGAGGCUUCCGCGGGGAGCAGUUUGUGCUGGAGAAGGGAGAUUACCCUCGUUGGGAUGCCUGGUCCAACAGCCACCACAGUGAUAGCCUCCUGUCCCUUCGCCCUCUGCUCAUCGACGGCCCAGAUCACAAGCUGCACCUGUUUGAGAACCCAGCCUUCAGCGGCCGCAAGAUGGAAAUAGUAGAUGAUGACGUGCCCAGCCUCUGGGCUCAUGGCUUCCAGGACCGCGUGGCGAGCAUCCGGGCCAUCAAUGGGACGUGGGUCGGCUAUGAGUUCCCUGGCUACCGCGGGCACCAGUACGUGUUCGAGCGGGGUGAGUACCGCCACUGGAACGAGUGGGACGCGAACCAGCCGCAGCUGCAGUCCGUGCGCCGCAUCCGCGACCAGAAGUGGCACAAGCGGGGCUGUUUCCUCAGCAGCUGA